ACCACGUCUCCGCAUCCUCGCGUCCGCAGUCCCCAUCCUCUCCUUCCCCGUCGCCGGCGUCCCGUCGCCGCCACUCCCCUACCCGUCCCCUUCUCCUCCUCCUCCUCCUCUCUGACGCGCCUCCGCUCGCCAUCCCCGUCCCCUUCUCCUCCUCUCCGCCAUAACCAGAACAUCUCCAACUCCACACCAAAUCUGGAUCCGUGAGAAAGAUUCAAUUUUUUCGACCUUGCUGCUGUGGACCUUGCUGUCGAGCGUCUCGAGCACGCGCCGCACGCUGCCCUUGUCCUCGGCGACGGCUGCGGGCGUGGCGGGCGGCUGCGAGACGGUGGUGCUGCCGUGGCAUGAGGCGGCGGGCGGGUGCGGGGCGUGGAGCGCGUUGAAGAGGCGCUCGGCGAUGCGGUCGCGGCGGCGCAGGAACUCGUGCGGCUCGUCGGCGGCGGCGACGAGGAUGGCCUUCUCGAGCACCUCGCAGAUGCCGGCGCCCGCGCCCCGGAAGAAGUCGCGCCACCGGUCCAGCCCGUCCGCCAUGGCCGCCGCCGCCGGCAUGGCCAUCGGGAUCGUCGGGGACGCAGGGGUCAGGUACUCCCUUCCGCUUGCUGCCACAGGCCAAGCUGCUGAUGCCUUGGAAUCCCGGCGGUCUGGCCGCAUCGCCAGCCUCCCAGAGCAGCCCGACUACCGCAUUAGGAAGGCGAAUGGCGAUGUAAAGACCGAAUCACCUGAUCCAGUUCCAGUGUACGCGACCAACGAAGAGAGAGAGCCUAUGCUGUUGCCAAGGCCGAACAGCUCAAGGCCCAGCUGGGCUCGGACCACCCAGCCUUCAUCAAGCAUAUGUCCCACAGUUCCGCCACCAAAUCGGCAGCGCUGGCUAUCCCAGUGCACUUCAAUCAGUAUCUCCCCGUGCAUGAUGAGGUGAUGGCUCUGGUGGAUGAGGUGAAUAAGGAGUUUGACAUGCUCUACCAUGUCACGUACAGACAUCAUAAGUACUGGGGUUGUCUUAACGGGUGGAGAGCGUUUUCUGCUCACCAAGAGCUGGCUGAUGGUGACUGCUUGGUGUUCCAGCUGAUAGAGAGGAGAAAAUUCAAGAAAUUUGUGGCUCUUAAGAUCCAGAAGAGCGCGCCAGAGUUUGCUCAAGAUUUGAAUUGGUAACCAUGUGGCACUUGCAAUGAUCAGAAUAUAACCUUGAUGAGCUGCCACUGCCUGAUGAAGAAGAGCUGGCGCUGCCGGAUGAAGACGAGCUGCCGCUGCCGGAUGAAGGAGCGUGGCGAGCAGCGUGGCGAACUGGAGGCUGGCGAGCUUGAAUAUGGGGAGGCGGGCGGCGGAGCCAAUCUGAGGCAAGCGGUUCUUCAGGAGGGUGUCGACAAGGAGGAGGCGGAGGCGGGUGGCGGAGCUAUCGCUUCGGCAGCUGUCGAGCAGGAGGGGCCCGAGGAGAAGCAGGCGGAGGCGGGUGGCGGUGCUGCCGCUCCAGCAGCUGUCUAGCAGGAGGUGGCCGAGGAGAACUAGGCGGAGGCGCGUGGUGGAGCUGCCGCUCCAGCAGCUGUCGAGCAGGAAGUGGGCGAGGAGAACCAGGCGGAGGUGCCUGGUGGAGCUGCCGCUCCAGUAGCUAUCGAGCAGGAGCUGGGCGAGGAGAACCAGGCACAGGCGCGUGGUGGAACUGCCGCUCCAGCAGGGUGGAGAGCAUGGCGCUGCUCCGGAGGCUGACGAUCGAUCGAUCGAUUCCAGAUCCGUAUUCCAGGCGGAGGUGCCUGGUGGAGCUUCCGCUCCAGCAGCUGACGUCUGGAUCGAUUCCGUCUGGAUCGAUUCCAGCUCCGGCGGCGUGGAUCGAUUGUCCUGGUGGAGCUUCCGUCUGGAUCGAUUCCGUCUGGAUCGAUUCCAGCUCCGGGCGCGUGGUGGAGCUGACGAUCGAUCGAUUCCAGCUCCGGGCGCGUGGUGGAGCUGACGGCGAAUGGAUACGGGACUGACCGAUCAGAUCUGAGAGUAUUUUUUGUUAUGUUUUGAAAUAUGCAGGACUGGAUUGUAAAAUGAUAUUUGUGAAACCGUUUUCCUCCCCCAAGUUAAUUAAAAAGGGACGGAUGGAGUACAUUUAGCCAAUA